AUGCACCCUGGUGUUUUGACAAAUGGGCAAGGGGAGUCAGUGAAAAAUGUGCUAGGAUACUCUGUGAAUUGGUGUCGAGCAGCAGACAUGAAUUUUGAGGAAAACAUUCGCAGCGUCGCUCUUUCUGCUGACUGGGUAAAGCUAGUCGAUAAUUGGUCUGUUGAAUCUUCUGCAACCCAGAUUAUUGCAAGUUCUGUUGUGUCAACUCAGAAACACAGGCCUGGGAGGCGCGGUAGAAAACCUUCUUCCAUGUUUGAAGUCACAACUGAUUAUUGCCCGGAUAUAUUGACUGACUUCCACUGGUGGCGAGGAGGUAUGCUGUCGAAGCUUAUAAUCCAAAAAGGGACCUUACCUCAUUCCGUGGUCAAGAAAGCAGCUCGCCAAGGGGGUUGUAGAAAGAUAACCGGAAUUGUUUAUGCUGACGAUUCUGAGAUUCCUAAAAGAAGCAGGCAGCUUGUUUGGAGAGCUGCAGUUGAACUUAGUAGGACUGCCUCACAGCUUGCACUUCAGGUCAGGUACCUAGACCUUCAUUUGAGAUGGAGUGAUCUUGUUCGUCCUGAACAUAAUCUCCAAGAUGGAAAAGGUCAAGAGUCAGAAGCUUCUGCUUUUAGAAAUGCUUUCAUAUGUGAUAAGAAAAUCAUGGAAAACAAAAUUAGAUAUGGCAUUGCUUUUGGAAAUCAAAAACAUCUUCCUUCUCGUGUCAUGAAGUCUAUCACAGAAGUCGAGCAAAAUCAUGAUGGAAUGGAAAAAUAUUGGUUUUUUGAAACCUGCAUUCCUCUAUAUUUAAUCAAAGAGUAUGAAGAAAAAAUGGAGAACAUUUCUUUGCCAGUGAUUGACAAGAGCACGAGUGUACUGUCUCAAAUGCAGAAAAGGCAAUUGAAGGCUUCACGUACAGAUAUAUUCUCAUAUCUCUCGCGGAAGAGAGAUAAUUUGGACAUAUGCUGUUGUGUUUCAUGCCAACUGGAUGUUUUGCUUGGGAAUGCGGUGAAGUGCAGUGCAUGCCAAGGCUAUUGUCAUGAGCAAUGCACUGCAAGUUGUACUGUUUUCAGGAAUGAGGAAGUUGAGUUUUUGAUCACCUGCAAUCAGUGUUAUCAUACUAAAGCUCUCAGUCAAACUGAAAACAAUAAUGAGUCUCCUACUAGUCCUUUGUUCUUGCAAGGACAGGAAUUUCACAGUGCAGUGACAGUCACCAGAGGACGGCAAGUUGGUUAUAGUCGGCCGUUAGCAUCUGUUGGAACUUCAGAGCUUUCCUCUGAGAUGAAAUCAUCUACUCAAGAUUCUAGUAUAACAAAGAACAGACAUAAGUUAUGUUCUUGGGGUUUGAGAUGGAAGAAGAAAAAUGUUGAAGACACUGGUCUUGAUUUUAGAUCGAAAAAUAUUCUUUUUAAGGGCAGUCCAGGCAAGAAUUGGUUGAAACCUACAUGCCACCUUUGCAACCAGCCAUAUAAUUCUGAUCUGAUGUACAUUUGCUGUGAAACAUGCACAAAUUGGUAUCAUGCUGAAGCCGUCGAACUCGAGGAGUCAAAAAUCUCUGAGGUAGUUGGUUUCAAAUGUUGCAGGUGCCGUAGAAUAAGAUCACCUGCGUGCCCUUACAAUCCCAACAGCAAGAAAGUAUCAGAGGGCAAGAAACCUCGCACAAGGGCUCCAAAACAACUAGUUCCAGGAGUGAAUGUUGUUUCUGGAGUUUUUUCUGAACAACUUAAAGAAAGGGAACAUAUUCCAAUGUUAACCACGAAAGAGGAAGUUGUAUAUGUACCAGACGAUGAUCCCCUUCUCUCUCUGUCACGGUUUGAGCAAUUCACUGAACACAAUUCAAAGGCGGAUAGCGAGUGGAAUGCUGCUGCCAUAUAUGGUGGGCCUCAGAAACUGCCCAUCAGAAGGCAUGUGAAGCGUGAAAAGAAUUUGGACUGUUCUUUAGAAAAUAAUGAUUUUAAAGAUGAAGUAGCCACUCCUUUUGAUGGAAACCUCUUGAACCUUGCAGACGAAUCAUCAUCUCCUUGUGUGGAAUGGGAUAUGUCUACAAAUGGUUUUGAAGAUAAUAUGAUGUUUGACUAUGAAUGUCUCAAUGAUGAGAAUAUGGAGUUUGAACCGCAGACCUAUUUCUAUUUUACAGAAUUGCUGGCAUCUGAUGAUGGUGUUAAGAUGAAUGGAGUCGAUCAAUCUGGGAGUGUAGCAGGGAAUUUGGAAGAUUUAUCUGCACUAUCGAGGGAUGGAAUUUCUGAUGCUACCUAUGGUCAGCAAGAACCUUCAGUCUCUCUAGAGUCUGCUGUUGGUAUGGUGCCUUGUAAAAAUUGUUCUUUCACUGAACCAUGUCCUGAUCUUUGUUGCCAAAUAUGUGGAUUAUGGAUACACAGCCAAUGUUGUCAAGGGGUUGAGCUGUUGCCUUGGGAGCAUGGCUGGACAUGUGGCGACUGUCAUUACAGGCAUUAGUUGUUUAAUCAACCUCAAAUGUUUCUACUAUUUCUAUGCGCAUAUGGAAACUCUGUUAUGGGAGGUCUGAACUGGCCUAUAUCUUUGAUGAUGGAAGAGGUUUGCUGGGUCUGUGCAUCAUUUGGAAGAAAAUAUCGGGAUAGGCACGUUCAUUGGUCAUGCUUGAUUUAAUCAGGCGAGAAAUACUGUCCAACACUGUCCGUGCAUGGUGAGCUUUAAUGAGCAAGCACUGUAUAAGAGUGCAGUAGACUUGCACGGUGGCUGUUGCCACAUUUGUAAAGCAGAUGGUGUUGCUUCUCGGCAAUCUAUCUCUUCGUCUGGUAGAUUGUCUUUGUCGUUGCUAAUUGUGGUGAGUCGAUUGUCCAUUUGUGUGGUUGGUUUAAUCGAACAUUGGAAGUACACCAUAAGUUUAGUUUAGACAUACCCAUUUGUGACCUAGAGUAGUGAUGGAGAAGUGAAAUCCUUUUGGAAUCUAGAAUAUUUUCUCUGAUCUCGACGGAUAAGCAGCUUUUUUAAAUGCUUGUCUGAUUCUUUUGCUUGUAUAAAUUUGACUUUCAUCACAAAUAUUUGGGAAAUCAGUAAAGGCCUG